CAUUUGUCUUAUAAUUGUGAUCGUGGUUUAAAAAUUCAAAUAUCGAAAAUGGCGAUUAUCUCGAACUUAGCUUUGGCAUCACUUGGAUUAAUUCUUUUAUUUAAUUUUGCUGCAGCUCAAGAUGCAUCAUCGACUACAGAAGCGGUAGUUUCGAGCACCACAGAAGCUGCUAUUCAUGACAUUCUCUCAUGUCAAAAUGCUACAGCCAAAACUGUUAACGCUACUUUGCUCCUUGGACAAUGGUAUGAAGUUGCCCGCAAGACCUAUCCCAAUGCUGCCUUUGAUGAACACAAUAAAGCACAGUGUGUUUCAAUGAAAUUUUAUAUCCCAAGCAAUUCAAGCCUUUCGACUUUAGUUACAUACAGCACUAACCCAGAGAAGCUUUGGUCAAAUAAAACAAUUGAUUAUAAUUUGGCUAUCAAUGUCACAUCAAAAUUAGUCGAAGGCGUUUACAAUAUUACUACUUCCAGUGGUGUUAUUAAAACAUAUAAAAUCGUAGAAACCGAUUAUGAUAAAUAUGCAUUUGUUUGCGGUUAUGAAGUUGCUUUUGAAACACCAGCACCAUCAACAACUGAAGCACCCUCAUCAACAACAAUUAGUUCUUCUACUACAGCUGAAGCAUCUAGUACAACUGAUGCUAGUACAACAACUAUUGCUCCAAAACCUGUCCUUUCAAAUGUAACUGAAGCUUAUAUUUUGAUUAGAAAUAGAUCAUUAUCGAACAAUGGAACAGUUUUAAGUAAUCUUUUGUAUGAAGCUUCGAGUGAAUUUUUGGAUUUUAAGAAUUUAACACUUGUCGUUCAAAGUGAUAAAUGUGAAAAUGGUGCUGCUGCUUUGGUACCAAUGUUAACUUUGAUGUUGGCUGUUGUUUUAGCUAUCAUUAAAGCAUAGACGUUGAAAAUGUAGUAGAUUUUUAGAUAUGUUGUAGAUUUUGAUUUUUUUUGUAA